AAGUUACUAUUUAGUACGCAUCAAGUGCACGAUGUAAACCAAGCCAUUAAACGCGUCGAUUGGAUAUCGCUCAUUGCAUUUAGAUUAGGUACUUAGGCAUUAAGUAUAAAAAUGUCAAAAGUACAAGCAAUGCGAACAAACGCGAACAAAUCUACUAUCAAGCUAUAAAUUUCGCGAUUCUUUUCCACGAGUGAGGUUAUAUUUGAUUAUAUUUGACGAGAGGAAUUGUCGGAGGUGUUUCAUAGGAUAAACAAUGGACAACGUAAAUAUAGACGAAUUAAGCGAAAACACAAAUGAAAAUUCUUGGGUCCUAAUAAACAAAAUUACUCAAAUAUUCAAAGAUACUGAAACUGCUCAGUUACCAGAAGUUAAAGAGGAUUUAGACCAGAUAGACCCAAAUAUACAAAUAUCAAAUAAUGGCAUUGAAAUAAUUCAUGAACAUAUAGAGUCAGACAACACAUCCAAUGAUGUAUCUGUCAUAACAGAAAGUGACACAGAUAAUUCUUGUCAAAAUUUUUUUACAACUGCUCGAGACAACAAAAUAUAUGUAUGUGGAUCUAAGGAUAUGGUUAAUAAAAUCAAUCAUCACGAUAUGUAUAAAUCAAAGGAUGUGGUUGAUGAAAUCAUUCUUCAAAAUUAUGAAUUUGAACACAAUACGAAGAUAUUAAACAUGAUUACUUGUAUACUACUUGGAUGUAUAAUUGGUAUUCUUUUUGGCCACUUUUUGGCUACUGAUGAUAUGAAUCUCUAUAGAAAUGGUAUUAAAGAUUUUCAAAUUGAAUGUCAAAAUAUUAAUAAUAUCUUCAAGGAAAUAAAUACAACAUUAAAUAAAAUUAAAGACCACAUCCUAAUUGAGAAUAAACUUAAUAAAGAUCAUGCUUGGCAGCCUCUAGAAAGCGGGAAGCUUAUGGAAAGUAUUAAUUAUUUUAAUAAAAAAUAUAAAUCUACUGAGGAAUCUUUUAAUAAUGAUCCAUAUAUAUUGAAUAAUCUUCAAGUAUCUCUAAAUGUAUUAUCAUUAUUGAGUAAUAAUAUCUAUAAUAACAGUAAUCUGUUAAAAAAUUAAAUGAAUAAGACGUUAGAUAUCGUAAACACUACAAAAAUAUUAUAUGAAACUUUCUUAUCAUUUAAUGAUAAUACUCAAAAUAUGAACGUUCCUGUUACUGCACAGUUUUUACAAAACGCCAUUGAUAAGAUACAUCAUACUUCCCGUUUGCUUUUCACUGAUCUAGUAAGAAAAAUAAACAACAUAAUGUUAAAUGUACAUGACAAGUAUAGUAAAAUGAAAUACAAAUUAAAUGAGAAACUAUGCCACUUGAAAAAUAUGCUACCUGAUGAUAACGAAUUCUUAAAACGGUUAACUAUGAAGAGUCAGUCUUUGAGUAAUUAUUACAACUAUUGUCACUCGAAAAAUACAUCGAUAAAGUUCAAUGGUAAAAAAAAGAGAGAGACAAGCAGAAAAGAAAAUACAAGGCCAAUUGAUGUAAAGAAGCAGACCAAAAAAACUGAUGAUUCAAUGUUGUACACAAAAUUUGAGAGAAAGAAUAUUCAGACAAUUGAUACUGAAACAUGUCGCGAUAAAGUAAUAAAUGAUUAUUCACAAACUACUAAAACAGAUCAAUGUAUAGAUGAAAUAUUGAACAAUAGUUUUGAUGAGACUAUUAGUAAACAAAACACAGAAGCUACAUCAGAGUAUAGAAAAUUGACUGCAGAUAAAACCAAAGUGAAUGGACCAAAGCCAAAUAACCAUUUCAAGUCAGAUGGUUCUACCAAAAAAGAUUUUAAUUCUGAUGAACCAAUUAAAAAGAAUAUAUCGCCCCAAAUUAAAAUGAAAAACCACGUACCAAAGUCCGAUAAAGACCGUUAUAGACGUUCAUUUAAGAAUGACCCAACAGAACAAGACUAUCAUCAAACGAAGAAUGCGAAUUGGCUGUUUGAAAGGUCUAAUGCACGAGAGAAACUACGGCAGGCCUCGAAUAUGUACUUUCCCAAAGAUCGUAAAACCUCCAAUCCUGAAGUCAAGAUUGAUGCAAGUAUACAUGAUGUGAUGUCAAAGUUUGAACAGAUCAUCGAUGAGACUAUGCGUCUUUUUGAACAAAAGAUAGAGCAAGUUCUAAGAAAACGUAUUUUCUCAGAAAAGAAGUAGUAUGAUAUUAUAUUACGUAUAUAAUAUUAUUUACAUUACUUGUGUGAUCUCCUCUUAAGGUUGUUUUUAUACAGUAGUGUAACAGUAGGAAAAAUUACCAAGUAUGUGUAAAAAUAUUUAUUUAUAAUUUAUAAUUAGAUAUCGCGUGAUUCUAACAUUACGCGUUAUAGAAAUUUUACAACACAAUUCCUCAUAACAAAAUUUACCAUAUAUUUCACGUCCAAUCUCAUUUGUCACAAGAGAUGAAAUGUGACAAUGUAAAUAAUUUUAAUUUUAUUUACUAGUAUUAAAUAAAAAAUACGCGUAGCAAUCCACGGCAAAAUGACUAAACUGUCGUUAAUAUUAAAAACUUCAAGUGACCUGUUUGAUAGUAUUAUCUUAACAUGAAUAGAGAAAUUAUGUACGUAUCACUAAUGUAACGCUAUAUAUUUUCAUUGAUGAUUCUAAGAAAAAUAUAUUUUUGUGAAGCUAUA